AUGGCCGACAUCAAGCCGAAGGAUGCUCCCGACAUUGACAACGCCGAUGCCGAUAUGGCGGAGGCGUACACGACGAAAGUGAACCUGUCGGAGUACGAACUCGAGUUGGAGCAGGCUUUGCAGAACUACGUUCCAGACUCCGCGGCUGAGAAGGCUUUGGUGAGGAAGUUGGACAUGUACAUGGGCCCGACGUUAUGGUUCAUGUACAUUCUAGCGUAUAUUGACAGACAAAAUAUCGGCAACGCCAAGGUGGCGGGCAUGGAAGCCGACCUCAAGCUUAGCGACUCUCAAUAUGCCAUGCUGCUUUCGAUCUUCUUUAUCGGUUACCUCAUCUGCGAAGUCCCAUCGAACAUGAUUCUCACACGGUCCCGGCCGUCUUGGUAUCUGCCCGGUAUCAUGAUGAUCUGGGGGUCAAUCUGCGCAGUCAUGUCUGUUGUUAAGAAUUACGAAGGCAUGCUCGCUCUUCGAUUCUUCUUGGGUUGCAUCGAGGCAGGUUUCUUUCCGGGCGUGUUAUAUGUCAUGACUUGUUGGUACAAGAAGGCAGAAAUUGGAAAGCGGUUCUCGAUUUUCUACACCGCAAGUGUCUGCUCAGGCGCCGUCAGUGGCCUCCUGGCCGGGGCCAUCACUGGUAACAUGGAGGGCGUUCGUGGAAUCCGAGGAUGGAGAUGGCUCUACCUGAUCGAAGGUGUCUGCACCGUUUUCUUCGCGAUCGGGCUGAAGUUCAUCUUGCUCGACUUCCCAGAGACAACGAAGAGAUUCUCAUUGGAGGAACGGCAACUUGCGGUGGUCCGCAUGAUUCACGACCGUAAUACGACCGCGGCCAGACAUGGUCAACGUCUCACACACUGGCAGUCGCUGAAGGCGGCUCUGGCCGACCCCCGAACUUACAUCUUCAUGGUGCUCUUCACCAUGGACCUGGGGUCUUGUACCAUCUCCUACUUCAUCCCUACCAUCGUCAAGCAGAUGGGAUACACGUCGGUCAUGGCGCAGUACAUGACGAUCCCGAUCUGGAUGGUCGGUGCAGUGUUCUUGGUCGUCCUAUCCUACACCGCAGACAAGACCAGCGACCGCCGAUGGCACAUCACGGGAUGCAUGGGUCUCAGCUUCAUCUGCACAAUCGUCUGCGUGACGGUCUCCAACCCGAAGGUCGUCUACGCCAUGCUGUGCUUCUACAUCGCUGGUCUGUACACCGCUCUGCCGCUGAUGCUAAACUGGACGUCGGAAACCAUUUCGCUUCCGGCGGAAAAGCGCGCAGUCGUCGUGGCCCUGGUCAACUCCGUCGGCAAUCUCUCGGCGGUCUAUGGGAGUCGGCUUUGGCCGUCGUCGGACGGGCCGCGGUUCGUCAAGGGCUUCGCAACCACUGGCGCCUUCACGGGUUUUGGAACGAUACUGGCCGCGCUCAUCCCGAUCAUUUUCGCUUACUUUCCCAAGGAGGGUCGUACCAAGGCCGAGCGAGACAUCUUGGAGCGCGAGAGGGAAUUUGUUGAGAAUACUCGAGUCCCUGGUGAAGUCUAA